AAACCGAGCAGUGGCUGCCGCUGUUGCUGCCGCUUGCGGGCGCAUUUAACAGCGGCUGACAGAGAGGAGAAACGCAGUGGCUUUGGCUGAGAAGGUGGUUGCAGUAGCGCGCGCACGCACACGCGAUGUCCUUCGCGACGCAGCCGGCGUUCAUCCCCGACUCGUUUCACGAAGAUGAAGCGAUGGCGGACCAGCGCAUGGACAUCAGCUCGACGAUGAGCGAGUUCCUGGCGCCUGGCUCCUCGGGGCUGAUGCCUCGCACGCUCAACAGCGCCGCCCUCGACUUCAACCGCAAGCGGCGUGGCAGCUCCCCCGACUACGACCUGGAUGGCUUUUCAUUCGAGGACUGUAUGGACACGGACAGAGACGAUCAACUCAACAGAGUGGAAGGCACGGAUCAGCAGUGCAGAAACAAGUACUCCAAGGAGGCUCACAGUCAGAUCGAGAAGCGGCGGCGGGACAAGAUGAACAGCUACAUCGACGAGCUGGCGUCCAUGGUGCCCACGUGCAGCGCCAUGUCGCGCAAGCUGGACAAGCUCACGGUGCUGCGCAUGGCGGUGCAGCACAUGAAGACGCUGCGCGGCGCCACCAACGUGUACACGGAGGCCAACUACAAACCGGCGUUUCUGUCCGACGACGAGCUCAAGAAUCUGAUCCUGCGGGCCUCCGAGGGGUUCCUCUUCGUGGUCGGAUGUGAUCGUGGGAAAAUCCUCUUCGUCUCAGAGUCGGUCUCCAAGAUCCUCAACUUCGGCCAGAAUGACCUGAUUGGGCAAAGUCUCUUUGACUACCUUCAUCCCAAGGACAUUGCCAAGGUGAAGGAACAGCUGUCCUCGUCAGACACGGCUCCUAGGGAGAGGCUUAUAGACGCUAAGACGGGCUUGCCGGUGAAGACGGACGUGCUGGCGAGGCCAAGCCGCUUGUGCUCGGGCGCCCGGCGCGCCUUCUUCUGCCGCAUGAAGAGCAACCAGCCGGCGCUCGUCAAGUCGGAGGAGAAGGAUUUCUCUUCCAGCUGCUCCAAGAAGAAGAACGACCGCAAGAACUUCUGCACGAUCCACUGCACGGGCUACCUCAAGAGCUGGCCGCCCACCAAGAUGGGCCUGGAGGAGGAGGGCGAGAGCUCGGACAACGAGGGCUGCAACCUCAGCUGCCUCGUGGCGAUCGGCCGCCUGCACCCACACGUGACGGCGCACGCCCCUCCCGCCUUGGCCGCCGCGGGGGGCACCGGCGGCGCGGCGCCACCGUCGCACCAGCUGGGCGCGGGGACCCUGAACCCCGGCUCCGCUCAGCACCACCAACACCAGCACCACCAGCACCACCAACACCAGCAGAACCACAUCCGCGUGCGUCCCGCCGAGUUCGUGUCGCGCCACGCCGUCGACGGCAAGUUCACCUUCGUCGACCAGAGGGCGACGGCGAUCCUGGGCUACCUGCCACAGGAGCUGCUGGGCACCUCGUGCUACGAGUACUUCCACCAGGACGACCUCGUGCACCUGGCCGAGUCUCACCGCCUGGUGCUGCAGUCCGGAGACCGCAUCGCCACCAACCUGUACCGCUUCCGCUGCAAGGACGGCUUCUUCGCCACGCUGCGCAGCCUCUGGUUCAGCUUCAUGAACCCGUGGACCAAGGACGUGGAGUACAUCGUGUCCACCAACACGCUCAUCGCCGUGAGUUUGUCAGAAAUGGGCUCGGCGAGCCCCGGCUUGGCCCAGCUGAGCCCCACCUCGACGCUGGGCUCCCAGCGCCGUGGCGGCGGGGACGACCGGGCGGAGGGGUCCACCGGGGGCGGCACCGGGGGUGGCCGCCCGGGCCCCGCGUCCGCGAUGCCGGGGUUCGCGCCGCUCGCGGGGCUCAGUCCGGGCAACGGCGGCUCCUCCGCCAGCCGCCCGGUUGCCGCUCGCUCCUCCUCCUCCGUGGGAAUUAAACGCAGCAUUCCCGGGAUUCCGGGCUUGCCGGGCGGCACCAGGCCUGGAGCCGGAAAACUUGGCCGGAUCAUCGCCGACGAGUUCAUGGAGACCACCCACAGGUCGCGAUCCUCUCCGUCCAGCUGCGGCUCCAGUCCCCUGCAGCUCGCCACCCCUCCGCCGUCCGAUGCCAUGUCACCCGGGAACCGCAAGGGUUCAGCACUGGCCAUGCAGUCUCCUUCAAACUCGAUGAAUGGAGCCGACAGCAGCAACCCUUACAGUGGUGGCCCCAUCAGUGACAACCCCUCGCUGGACCUGUACCUCAUGGACGGCUCAAGCAGUCCCAGCAACGACGAGGCGGCCAUGGCGGUCAUCAUGAGCCUGCUGGAGGCCGACGCUGGCCUCGGGGGUCCCGUGGACUUCAGCGACUUGCCCUGGCCGCUGUGAACACAGCAGCUGCUGCUGCUGCUGCUCCUGCAAUUGCUCCCACAGUUGCUGCUGCUCCUGGAGCUGCUGCUGCUGCUCCUACUACAGUCGCUUCUACAGCUGCUGCUGCUGCUCCUAGAGUUGUUGGUGCUCACAGCUGAUCCUGCAGCUGCUGCUCCUACUGUUGUUGGUGCUCUACAGUUUCUGCUGCUCUACAUCUGCUCCUGCAGCUGCUGCUCCUACAGUUGCUGGUGCUCUAUAGCUGCCGCGCCUGCAGUUGCUCCUACAGCUGCUGCUGCUUCUACAGCUGCUCCAAUAUUUGCUGCUGCUCCUACAGCUGUGCCUACAGCUUCUGCUGCUCCUAGUUCCUCCUACAGCUGCUGCUGCUCCUACAGCUGCUGCUGCUCCUACGGUUGCUGCUGCUUCUACAGCCGCUCCUACAGCAGCUAAGACGAGAGGACCACACCGCAGUACUUCAGGAACUGCUGAAAGUUUUUGCAUAAAGCACAAAGGCCGAGUGCUUUUGUAGACGUCGUUGCACGUUUUUUAAAAAGCCUUCUGGGUUUUCCAGCCUGCGCUACAUUUCUGUAACAACGGGGGUUGUCUCGCCAUUUACACAUUCGGUUAACUUAGGCUGCCGAGUUAAACCCCGAGCGUACACCAAUUCCCCGAGUGUCAAAUUCGACCAUCGUGCGAGCCAUUUGGAGAAGAGCUGCCACAGCGGCGCUGCCUCGGGUCGCACACCGGACGCGCAAGCCAGAGGUCGCCGGUUCGAUUCAAUCUCCCAGCGCGGCAGUUGAAAGAGCGGGAAAUCGUUUCUGGGAUCCCCCUUCCGCUGCGUCCGUCCACCCAGUGGUUUAAAACAUCUACGCCGCAGUUAGUCCGUCGGCAGGUCACGUGCGAUCUGGAAAAGUGUGGGCACGCCCAGAGCCGUCCCGAGGGUACACAGCGAAUCGGGGCGACUGCCCCAGGCCCUGCGCUUUGGGCCCCCCCCCCCUCGCGCUUCGACGUCACGGCGUCAGACGUAAUACUUCCGGUGUAGUUUGAAGGCAUCUGGGGGGGGGCCCGCACACCCCACCAACCCCAUGGACGGCCCUGGGUAAGCCCCACCUCGUCAGUUACUCUGGAAAAGCGUUAUUUAUUAAUUGUGACAUUAUUUGGUGUAUCUUGUCCGUAAAAAAAAAAAAAAGUAUUAUUUUAAAUCGAGCAGCGACAAUCACGGCGUGACGAUAAUCGUGAAAAUCCGGACGAUACGAAUGUCGUGGCUGCUGAUAAAGAUGCACUCCCACAAGGCCGCCAUGUGGCCAAUGGAUUGUGGGAAGGAGGUGUUAUUUAUUUAGUGACGAAUGGCCAGUUUUGAGGGCUUAAUGAACGAGGGGCGGGAGAAUCAGAAUAUUUAUUUAUACUGGAGGAAGGAUAGCGGCGGUGAUAAGUGGUGGUGGUCAACUUAGGGGAGCGGUAUUUUGUAGCGGUUGGCACGUUGCGCUACGAACCCGGCGACGGUUAUCUGAACCGGUCAUGGACCUCCCCUAGUUCGACUCAGCCUCAAAUGAGCACCUGGUGCGGUGUGUGAACAUCACCCCUGGGGAGACAAAGGCGGCCGGGCGCGGUGAUGGCCACCCGCCCCGUCUCGUGUGCCACAGUGCCGGUCUUCAUAGGUGCCCGCUAACAGCAGCACUUUCCCCAACAGUCUGUUGAGGCUACACGGGGGAUCUUUGUCUUUGGUCAGCUUGAAGAAGAGGGAGGCGGUGCUGGUGGUCGAAUCGCAUGAGGGCAGAAGGGUGCGGUGUGAGCGGACGUACAAGGAUAUUGAAUCGAGGCCUUGGUCACUUCUAGAUCAAUCCACAAUGCAAUGUGAGGGGGGGAGGGGGUUGUCUUAUUUUUCAAUAAAAUCUAAAACUUCACUUUGUGCCUAGAUGCUGACAGCACAAAUUGUGAAAUAAUUGGUUUAAAAAAUGCGAGAUUUAACAACAACAAAAAAAAGAGAUCGGAGUUGUAUUUAAAGUUGUACUGUAUAUACACGAAGGCGAGGGGAAAAAAAUACAAAUAAAAAAAGCGUGCGGA